CUGAGGACCUGCUGCUCGCUCCGCACAUCCCGCAGCUUCGUCCCGCGUGCUCCGCUCCACUCCGCUCCGGUCCGCCGAGCCGCAGUCUCUCCGCCCGGCGCCAUGCAUCCCGCGCGCCCGGCACUCUGGGCGGCUGCGCUCACCGCACUCACUCUGCUCCGCGGGCCGCCGGUGGCGCGAGCCGGCGCGGGCGCGGUGGGCGCGGGCCCCGUAGUGCGCUGCGAACCGUGCGACGCGCGCGCGCUGGCCCAGUGCGCGCCUCCGCCCACCGCGCCCGCGUGCACGGAGCUGGUGCGAGAACCGGGCUGCGGCUGCUGCUUGACUUGCGCGCUGCGAGAAGGCGACGCGUGCGGCGUCUACACCGAGCGCUGUGGCACCGGCCUCCUCUGCCAGCCGCGGCCCGGGGAGCAGUACCCGCUGAAGGCGCUGCUGAACGGCCGCGGGUUCUGCGCCAACGCCAGCGCCGCCGGCAGCCUGAGCGCCUACCUGCCCUCCCAACCCGCUCCAGGAAACGCCAGUGAAUCUGAGGAGGACCACAGUGCUGGGAGUGUGGAGAGUCGGGCUGUCCCCAGCACACACCGAGUGACUGACUCCAAGUUCCAUCCACUCCAUGCGAAGAUGGAUGUCAUCAAAAAAGGCCACGCCAGGGACAGCCAGCGUUACAAAGUUGACUAUGAGUCGCAGAGCACAGACACCCAGAACUUCUCCUCGGAGUCUAAGCGCGAGACAGAAUACGGUCCCUGCCGCAGAGAAAUGGAAGACACCCUGAAUCAUCUGAAGUUCCUCAAUGUGUUGAGUCCCAGAGGUGUCCACAUCCCAAACUGUGACAAGAAGGGGUUCUAUAAGAAGAAGCAGUGCCGCCCAUCCAAAGGCAGAAAGCGGGGCUUUUGCUGGUGCGUGGACAAGUAUGGACAGGCCUUACCUGGCUACGACACCAAGGGCAGAGAUGACGUGCACUGCCUCAGCGUGCAGAGCCAGUAGAUGCCACCCGCUGUGCCACUUGAUGUGGAGCUCAAAUACGCCUUAUUUUGCACAAAAGACUGCCAACAACAUGAUCAGCAGCUGGCUACAGCCUUGACUUAUAUUUCUUUUUUGUGGUGAACUGAUUAAAAACAAAACAAAAAAAAAACCAAAGUUUAGACAGAUUUUUGAAAUGCCUCUGGUUGUUUAAGUAGUAAACUUGAUCAUCUUUCUACUCUCCGGUAGUCAACAAAAAAGCAGUUUGAAUUUUCCUGUGGCUUCCUAUGAAAACACUCAUGUACUCCAGGCUACGGAUGCCCGCUCCCCACUAACCCACCCGCCCAACACGGGCCUUCAAUGUUGCUGGCCCCCUGCCUUCCUGACUUGAGAGGUUCUGUUGCCGAUCCUCUUUCCAUUCCCUGUAAAUGAGGGCAGGCACUGUGGAGAAGGGGGAAACCCCUAACCAUGUCACCAGGACAUCUGGACACAUACUCCUGAGGCUCAUGGCCCGUAGGGUGUCAUCUCUGAACCAAGGGCCUGGCCCCAUAUCUGCAAGUGACCUGAUCUACUUGGGAACUGUGGGAGAGAAUAGGUGAAAUCUCUCUGAUUAAAACUGACCAGGAAUGUUCUAAGGCACUCUGGGAGCCCAUAAAAACAAGGACGAGGACCUUCCGUUGUCAGCAGAUGGUCCCCAGGUGGGAGGAGCAGUGAGUGUCAGCCUCCAAGUUCAGAGAUGUCACAAACAAUGGUACAGUUAGUUCUUCAGAUGACUUAAAAAAAAAAAAAAACAGUGUUUUCUUGUCCAACUUCUCAAAAUAAAAUUUAUUGGGGGGAGGGGGGAGGGGAGGCAUGGCAAGCUUUUUUCUUUUUUUUAAGAAAAAAAAAAAAAGGUUUUUUUUCAUCUUCCCCCUCCUUCCUAUCUAAACAGGAAAGAGGAAUGGCUUAUUGGAGAGCCUGGCAAGACCACCUAGAGAAUCACCCGUUGUUGAUCUUAAGGUCCUUCUCAGACUUUUUUUUUUAUAAUUCACGCAUAUAUGCAGAUAAAAUACAUUCGUAAUUGUUAACAGUGUAUAUGACAUAGCCCAAAUAUAAUAGAAUCUGUACUAGAUAAUCUUAGAUAAAAUGUUAGAGAUGCUAGGUGAUGUAACCCCGGGCACGCCCCAGGAAAGGAGCCUGUGUCUGGAGGCUGGGCUGCUCUCCCCAAGGCCAAGGCCAAGAGGGUCUGACAACAGGGUGCAAGGAGACCGCACUGCAUCCCACGGGGUGGACAUGCGCUGUACAGAGCUUGUCUUGAGAGUUCAAAGGAAUCUCAAGACAUCCUGCCUGCCUAUCAGCUUUCCUUUAUUUUUUUAAUUAAUUUUGGGGGGAAAAAUGUA